AUGGGUGCAGAUUCACUCUACAGAAAUAGCUUCAGCCUCAGUGAUGAAAAGCUUAACUCUCCAACUGCAUCUACUCCAAGCUUGCCAUCUCCAUCAGUAACUCCUUGUAAAGCAAAGCUUGGAGACACAAAAGAACUGGAAGCCUUCAUUGCUGAUCUUGACAGGACACUAGCAAGUAUGUGAAGUGAAUCUUUGGCAUUGUGCUUGCCUAUGAAUGUCCUCUGAAGGCUAAGUGACAUCUCUCACUGAGAACUGCUGCCCUUGUCCGAUAACUCUGCUACCCCAGAUAUUCACCUUCUGAACAUAACCUUUGUAAACUCCUACAAGUAUUUAACUGGUGACAUCAGUUUUGUUACUUCGCAGCAGAUGGAAUAAGAUAACUUAAGUGUUACAGCUGUAUUUUGCUUUAAAAUAUAGCUUGAAUUUUAAUUUAAAGUUGCAUUUAUGAAAAUAUAUUUGUAAUUUUAUAUAGUUGAGAACUUUUAAUGCUUUUUGCCAUUAUAAUAUAUUUUUGUAUGCAAAUAAACCCUGAACUGG